AUGACGUCGGGCGGGGGGCGGCUGCCCACCUGGAAGGAGAGGGAGAACAACAAGCGCCGGGAACGUAGGCGACGGGCGAUCGCCGCCAAGAUCUUCACCGGCCUGCGGACGCUCGGCAACUACAAGCUCCCCAAGCACUGCGACAACAACGAGGUCCUCAAGGCCCUCUGCCGCGAAGCCGGCUGGGUCGUCGAAGACGACGGCACCACCUACCGCAAGGGAUGCAGGCCGCCUACUCCACCGCCGGAGGCUGCUUCCGGAGGGCCGUCGACAAACAUAAGCCCGUGUUCCUCGCACCUCUUGAGUCCGCUGUCAUCUUCGUUUCCGAGUCCCGUCCCUUCUUACCAUGCCAGUCCUUCGUCGUCAUCCUUCCCCAGUCCCAACCGUCUCGAUAGCUCUGCCAACCAAAGCGUCAAUCCUGCCUGCCUUCUCCCCUUCCUCCGCAACCUAUCCACCCUCCCACCUCUCCGCAUCUCAAACAGCGCGCCGGUGACUCCGCCCCUGUCCUCCCCGACUGCUUCUCGCCCGCCAAAAACUCGGAAACUCGAUUGGGAUAGUAAUGCAUUCUCCCAUCCUAUGUUUGCUGCCUCCGCCCCUGCUAGCCCCACGCGCGGCCGUCAUCACUGGCAACCGGCAACCAUCCCGGAAUGCGAUGAAUCCGAUGCCUCGACUGUCGGAUCUGGUCGCUGGAUUAACUUUCAGAUGACAGCCCCGGCGUCGCCGACCUACAAUCUCGUCGACCCUGGCGCCGCUUCAGCAAAGAACGCGGAACGUUAUUCGCCAGGAGGAAGAGUGGGGAUGGAGUUCGAGUUCGAGAGCGGCACAGUCAAGCCUUGGGAGGGGGAGCGAAUUCAUGAAGUCGGAGUCGACGACCUCGAGCUCACUUUGGGAGUGGGGAGCGUGGCGGCAUCAAAGUGAGAGAGCUCUCGAGCCGUUUCCCGCUCCUUGGUUAUGUAAUUCCAUAGCUGCUAUCUCGGUGCGACCGUUUGCCGAAUGGCUCUUUACAGAUUGUCUGUCUUAUGUUGUCUUCCAGUAAUAUUACUCUUACUACGGCAUGCAGUUUAUCGA